AUGAAGGAGCCUCUGAUAUUUUGGGCUGUCUGUUCCCUGGUGGGCUGUUCGAUCGCAGAGAGGUCACCGCUUCUGAAACAUGCAGCCUUUUCUUCUACAAACUUUGAGAACAUCUUCAAGUGGGAAAGCGAAGCAGAUACUCCCCCGGGCACAGUGUAUGAAGUCCAGUACAAACGGUACGGAGAUGAAGACUGGCUUCAGAAGAGCGAGUGCCAGAAUAUCACGCAGCCCUUCUGUAACCUCACGAACGAGACGGAAAACUUCAGAGAGCGCUACUAUGCUCGAGUGAGGGCCAUAGUCCAGAACUGCUGCUCCUCCGACUGGGUCUCCUCACAGAGAUUCUACCCCAGAGAAGACACUACUAUUGGAAAGCCGGAGGUGAAAUACGUUCCUAGCGUUAGAUCCAUAAAGUUUUUCAUCCAACCCCCCUACACCCCUCUGAGAGAUGAGGAUGGCUCCCAGCUAACUGUGGAAGACAUCUACAGCAGAUUUGAUACCAUCGAUUACCACGUGAUGCUAUUCAGCCAAAAGACACACCAAGAGUGGGAAAAGAAUGAGAACAACAAAGAAUUUGAAGUUUCCAACUUGAACCCAGACACUGAAUAUAAUGUCACAAUAUAUCUCAAGCACUUAGAAAAAAGAAGCCAGCCUCAUCUAUUUUGCGUUAGUACGUUACCAGACACCACCUGGCUCCUAUACUGUGUUGGGGGAAUUACAUUUGCUACAGGAUCGCUGUUUGUUGUGGUAUGUUAUGUGAUCUAUAAAUACAUCAAGCAACGCACAGCACGGCCGAAGUCUUUGGACUUCAGAGGGAUUUCAGCCUUCCAGCCCCUCAUGCUAACAGUGGAGCAUAUUAUAAGCCCCAUUAAUGAUUUAUCCAAAACUACUCUGUACACCCCAGAUGUGCAGUUAAUGCCAAUUAAUCUGCUGCAGCAGACGUCUUUAUUCCAUUUGCAAAAAACUUCCUAUCAACAACAAGCCAAUGUGUUGGCGUUUCAGCCCAUCAUUCAGCCAGUCAGCCAAGCGGAUGGUUUUCCUUCAGCGUACGCUCCUCAGAUAGCCCAGGAAAAUCUACCAUGCACGCUGAACAAGAAACCUCUGGCCUUGACAUAUGGAGUGUGCAUCGAAAGCCCAAGAUGCAUCAACAGGAGGAAUUCUCAGCCAGACCAGAUGCUGCAGGAUAUUUCUCCUGAAAGGUUUGUCAGUGGCAAACUUAAAACCAAGACACCAGGCGAAAGGUACUGUGAUGAGAACUACAAGGAGCAGAGGCCGAAGCUGGUAGAGAGAGGAUUAUGGGAAAGCCGUGACACUGACAUGACAGGAUCGGUGUUCUCCAUGGGGCCAGCGCAGCAGCUGAUGCUCCAGACAGACUGUGAGGAAGCUAAGCUGCACAUGCCCCAGCAGUCACUGUCUCUGCUGAAGGAAGGAGGAAACUACAGAUGGCAGAUGGCAGGGUUGCUGCCAUUGCUGUCCUCGCUGACAGUUGACACAAACUCUGUCUCAGAGGAUGGGCUUCCUCCAUCAUCAUCCUCCCCCUUACUAAAGUCAGUCUGUACCUGCGAUGACCUCCCCGGGGAAUGCAGCACAGGCCAGUUGAUGUCAUUAGAUGCAUUGUCAUAUCCUGAAAACAAACGGAAGCCUCCGGACUUUCAAACAACAGAUGUGCUACCGGCAGCAAGGGAGCCGGGCUGCCUAGAACUAAACGCCAUUGCACCCCAUGCCUCUAGCUCCAUCCAGAACACUGACAUGCUUUUCACUAUGUUGUUCAGAGACUUGGAUUUAAAGGUACAGUGGGAGCAUGGCCAGAAUGAAAACACACUGAUGUGUUAG